CAGGCAGAGAAUAGCGCAUAGCUAGGGGCACAUAGAGUGUACACGUACUUGCUUGGGUCACCACCAAAAGUAAGAUCCAGGGACUUCGACCUAUUAUAAAUUCUUCCUUUUUUUACAGCUUACUGCACAGUAUGCAAGUGACCAUUUGAUAACAAAUAUAGUGAACAAGGUAGCAGUUGUUCAACAGCUACUCGCCAGCAAAUUGUCGCCAUUUUCGUCAAAGAAUGAAUUCUUACUCGGUGGUUCAUCAGCGCGGAGGAGAGUUAAUCGUGAGAAUAAGAAGAGAGGGUCAAAUAAAGGUCUGAAAUAUAUCAAAGGAGACAUCAUUGACUACGAAAAGCUUUUAAACGACGUGAUCUUAUCAACAGACGAAGCUUUAAUGAAAGCAUCAAAGGCAGCAAAGGAAGAUUCAGGAACCACUGCACUAAUUGCCAUUCUGGAAGGAUCACAGUUGAUUGUGGCUAAUGUUGGAGACUCUCGGGGUGUUAUGUGCGAUGCCACAGGUAACGCUGUGCCACUGUCAUUCGACCACAAACCUAAUAGGGGAGACGAGAAGGAAAGAAUUGAGAAAGAAGGGGGAGGGGUCAAAUUCAAGAACGGCAAAUGGAUGCUUGAUGGAUGGAUAGAGAUGUUAAGAACAUUAGGUAAUCGGCUUGACAAAUUCAAUGGUCUCAUCGCAACCCCUGAAGUUCUGACUUUCUAUCUCUCCGAUUAUAAGCCGCAGUUUUUAGUUUUAGCAACGGACGGCCUCUACAACGUCAUGAGGAAUGAUCAAAUAAUCGCUUUCAUUCAAGCAAGGCUCGAUGAGGAAUAUUACGGGGCGAAAAGUUUGGUGCGGUAUGCGUAUCACCACAAGGGUCCAAAGAUAACAUCACGGUCAUGGUGGUGAAUUUAAAGGAGCGCAACUGGUCUGGGGCAAAUAUGAAAAUGAGUAAAUCCUCAAAAAGCUACAGUUGGUAACGGCGUCUGGAUCCAUGUGUUAGAAGUUUAAAGAGAGCAUUUUCCAACAAAAGUAAAGCCAGAGACACUCCUAAGCAAAAAAGUAUCGAUGGCUAAAGAGGGAAACCUCGUAUCUCUUUGCGAUACGUCAAAAUCUUGGCUCUUAUUUUAAUGUUUCAAAGAGAAACACGUCGACUAUAUAGC